AUGCACUCAGCCUGGACUCUCGUUACCCUCAUCCUCGCUUCCUCGGCUCCAACCGUCUUGGGCGGCAAGUGUAAUGCUCCACGCGAAGCGGGCGAAAACAACAACUGCCUGGGAGGUUCUUACAACGACUGCGUAGCGAGGAACAACCAGCUAUGCACGGGCGAAUGCUCUGGCCAGCCUGCUGGUGGAGCUGGUGCUCCAUGCUACACUGGCUGCACCACUAGGAACCAGCAGUACUGCGCUGGCUACUGCAUGAAGAUCAGCAACUGUGAUGACUGCAUCAAGAGUCUCAAGGCAAUGGGCGCUGCGGAAUCUGAUGAGCAACACAAGGAGACUUGUAGCCAGGAAGCAGCAAACGUCGAUAAAAUGGUCCACUGGCACUCGAUACCUGCCGAGAUCCGUUGCAUGAUCUUGGAGGCCCUAACAGCACAGAAAGGAACCGCAACCUUGGCUUCCGUCUCGAAUGAAUGGCGAGCUUUCAUUGAGCACCGGACUUUUUCUCAUAUCCGACUUCAUCCCGCAUGUCUCGACCACCUCGAACAACUCAACGACCACUACAAGGGACAGAUUAAGCAUCUAUGGCUUAAUAUAGAGCUCGGCGGAUAUACCUGUCGAUCAUGCCGAAAGAGAGAGUCGCUCACAUUGUCGUAUUCCAUUGCAAGGAUCGUAAGAGAAGCCAUUAACAGGCUCUUCUCCAUCUUGACGACGUGGAGACAGCCUUUGACUCUGGAACUCAAUGUUUACUGCCCGAGCGACUCACAGCACUGGUUUAAGAAUAGUUACUUCGGAGCUCCUGGCGAAGACAAAUUCGAGUGUCAAAUCCCUAGUGACGAUCCCAUACACGAUCCCGAUCACGGAUGGUAUGGAGGGAAUGUCACUGAAGCGCCACCAGACGAUGCUCUACGACGUCCUUUUGGAUCAUCUGAGCUAAGAUUUCGGGAGAGCCUCCCUCUGGUCAAUGCCGUGACUAAAUUUGUCCUACGUCGUCAGUGCCGCCAGCAGUUCAGACCUGAAAUUUUACGACACAUUUGGUCAAGACUACCAAACUUGGAAGAGAUCUGCUACGAACCGUGGCAGUCACACAUGAGCGUAGAACAGCAACACUCGGAUAUGGAAUUUGUAAAAACGAUCUACAAUAUCCCGGCAAGCGUUAAAACAGUCACGAUCUUCGAAGAUUUCAAUGAGAAUUUCCUGGAAUUGUAUGAUCUCGGUAGAGGCUAUCUAGCGGACAUAAACCCAGGGCGAGUCAGACUUCCCUCUCGCAUCCUGGGCGGAUUAACAGCCAUGCGAAGUCGGAGCCUUGAGCAUAUUUCCGUCGCCUUCAUGAUCGAUGCCCACCAUUUCUUCGACUCGUGCCAGCCAAGUUGGAGAUGGCCUCGGCUAAAAACUCUCACAUUGACAGCCCGGGGGAUCGCCAAGGACACCGCUCAUCGGACCAACAAGCUCUUUCAAACUGCGGCACAACUCGCACUCAACAUGCCUAAGCUUCAGACACUGACUAUAUGGCACGGAGAAAGAAGAGAGGCCUGCGCCUUUACGUAUAGCCGAGAGCAUGGCUCGAUAUGCUGGCAGGCUACACGAGAUUUGAAGCUGGAGUCGCAGACUCUUGAGGCUUGGGAGAAGGUAGCCGUCGCAUUUGCUGAGAGAUUGCUCACAGUUGAGACGAAACUGUUGAUGGAGGACAUCACGUCUCAUGGGGACGCUAUUCAUCAUUUGGGUCUGCAUCAUGUUGUUGACAGAGUAUCACUACAGCAGAUACGAAUUGAGAACCGAGUCUCUUGGCUUUGA